CUCAUGUAGCAGUGCAUGUCCGACGGCCGUCGUCAUUGAGUGAAGCACUUCAUGGAUCAUGCUCCUAAGAUAGCAAAUGUCUACAAAAGAGAUCCAGACCCCGCACCAAGUUUCAAUACCCAACUCAUCAUCAUCACUUCCUUCUCGGCUUCAAUCACAACCCUAAACAACACACUUCUUCAUCAACCAAUCCAAGAAAAGCAACAAAAUGGCUGCCUCCGCCGACAAGUCUAAGCCUUAUAUCCCCCUGGCUGGGUCCGCUAGCGACGGCUGGUCCACCGACGAUAAAGCCACAGCCACAUGUUUCUGCGGCGCCGUCCAGCUGGCAUUUCCUACUCAUGGUCCCGGCUUGGUUAAUACCUUUGUCUGCCACUGCACCGACUGCCGCAAAAUCACCGCGUCCAUGUUCGCAUCCAACUUUACCAUCGCCGACACUCACUUGGAGCAUCUGCGCGGGAAGGAAAACCUCAAGACGUUUGCUCAAUCGAAAACUAUCGCAUCGGGCAGCUUGAUGACCAACUACUUCUGCUCGACAUGCGGAACCCUGAUGUAUCGUGUCGGUGCGGCGUUCCCGGGCAAUAGCAUCCUGCGCAUUGGCACUGUCGAUGAUUUCAACUUGCACGAGACAAAGUUGAAGCCGAGGGUCGAGCAGUUUAUUGAGGAUCGUGUGUGUUGGCUCUCUAAUUUGCAGGGGGUAAAGCAGCACGUUGGGAGUGCAUUUAAACCGAGGAGGGUGGGUGGUGUAUUGUGAGCCGAUGGGUUUAGUUCAGUUGGUUUCAAUGUCAUUUAUCUCAUUCAGUUUCAGAAGUUGUAUAUCAACCGUGAAAUAUGAUAAUCCACGGCUAACGUCCGAUGGCUCGGCGACUGCAGCCGAAAUUUCAAGCGGGCAAACCCACAAGAUCCAUGUAACAAUUAUUAUGACUUGAGA